CGAAACGGAACGUCCGACGCCAAACAACUUCCACCGCGCUCUCCGAAAACGCGUAAAAAACCCGAAAAAUCAAGAGAGUUACACAAGGAGAAAAUAUCCACUCCAGCGAGAUAAAUUCGGAUGUUUUCUUAAAGUUCGCGGAGACAUUACCCAUUCUUUUUUUUUACAUUUUUUUUUUGUUUUAGGAAAGUGAAAAAAAAGUAGUCUUUCUUUAUAGAUAGAUUUUACUUGAACAGAUUGCGUGUAGCGUAUUUAACGACUGUUUGCCUCUUAUACAAAUGUGUUAUUAGCCCGAAAUUAUUUACAGUGCAGGCGGAGAGAAGAGCUGCGAGAAGAACCGGCGGAACAACAAACUGAACAGCGGGACCGCAAAAAAAAACACGGCGGAUAGACAAUAAAAGUCGGCCAGCGGCCAAAUCGCGCUCAUUGCGUGCGCUGUUUUCGCAACGGCAACGGAAAAAUAGCCACCCAGUUAAGGUGCGAGCGAGAUAGCGCACUACGGCAACGGAAUUUCAACGGGUUUUCAGUACGGAGAGUCGGAAAAUAAGAGGACGCAGUAGCAGUAGCAGUGGCAGGAUGCGACACGCAUUUGUUGGAUUAAUUGUGUGCUGGCUGGCAGUUUGUCAACCGCAAGCUGAGGCGCAGUUUGGAGGCUUCGGGUUCCAGCCGCAGUUCCAGCCGCAGGUCGCCUACCAGCAGCCGCAACAGGUAUUCCGCCGACCCCAGGUGCUCCAACGGGCUUACCAACCAGCUCCGCUCUCCCCCCCACAGUUCCAACAGUUCCAACAGCCCCGCCAACAGCGCCAGGGAUCCGUGUCCAAGGCGAACACGAACGCGUACGAGCGGCAGGUGGACUUCGGCAACAACCUGGAGUACACCCAGGGCCUCUCCAACUCGCGGGCGGUGACCAAGCAGAACGGGCAGCGCGUGGUGACCAACAGCCAGGCGCGGACGCGCGACGUCGACCUGGGCGGCCUGCAGCUGGGCAACACCCUCACCAGGACAAGCACCAACGCCAACGGGCAGGUCUCCCAGGGCAUCGCCGACCAGUUCCGCAUCGGGGACGUGGGUCUGGGCGCCUCGCUCUCGCCGCAGAACCUGCGCAACGGCUUCGGGCUGCAGCGCGGCGCCGACGGCGACCUCCGCCUGGGCCUGGGCCUGCUCAACCUCGACCUCGACCGGCACGUGGCCAACUCGAACACGCUCUCGCAGGCGCAGGUGAACGCGCAGGGCAAGGGCGCGCGGGCGGGCUCCAGCAGCAACUCGCAGUCGAACACGCAGCAGUUCGGCGGCGUCACCGUCACCGACACCCGCUCCAACUCGAACGCCUUCGGCAAGGCGCGCCGCGGGCAGACCUCAGCCACCGCCGGCGGCUUCGGCGGCAGCGCGGCCACCGGCGGCCAGCUCGUGCGGCGGCAGGUGCGCCAGCCGCAGUUCCAGUACUUCAACCAGCGGCCCAAGCGGCGGGCCCAGUUCGUGCCCUUCGGCUACCCGGGCGGCGGCUUCGGACCCGGACCCUUCGGACCAGCGGGCCUGCUCGACCGGCCCAGGCGCCAGUUCGGCGGCGGCUUCAACGGCGGCUUCGGCGGACCGGGCUUCGGCGGUGGAUUCGGAGGCGGGCCAGAGUUCGGCGGCGGCUUCAACGGCGGACCCCAGUUCGGCGGACCGGAGUUCUACCAGCAGCCCCAGCAGCAGCAGCAGCACAAGAAGAAGGGCGGCGGCGGCAACCGCAACCAGAACCAGGCGCACGGGAACGCGAACGCGCAGGGAGGACCCGGGUUCAACCAGCAGGCCUCGACGAACAACCACGCGAGUCCGGGCGACACGGGCAGCAGCUCGAUCAGCUCGAACCUGGCGCAGGACGGCAGCAGCGGGCAGGUGAGCUCGGCCAACACGAACACGCACCAGGGCCAGACGGCGGGCGGCGGCUUCGAGAGCGGCCAGAACUCGCAGAGCCAGGCGCUCAACUUCCGGCCGGGGCAGCAGCAGGCCUCCAGCGCGAACGCGAACACGCAGCACACGCAGCAGGGCGACCGCGACACCUACUCCUCGAACAGCGGCUCCACGGCCACCAACAACAACCAGUUCGGGUCGUCGACCAACACGGCCAACACCAACUCGCAGGUGGUGCGCGAGGGCAACUCGCAGGACGCGACCAGCGACGCCAACAGCCAGAGCAUCUUCCAGGGCAACAACGGGCAGGGCGACGCCUCCGCCCAGACGAGCGCCCAGACGAACAGCCAGCGGGGACCCGGCGGCUUCGUGAGCAACUCGGCCUCCAGCAGCGCCACCGCCACCGCCCAGAACGGCCAGUCGGCGAACGCCAACGCGAACGCGAACGCCGGCGGCGACGGAGGCUUCGGCGGCGGGGGCUUCGGCGGCGGAGGAGCGGGGGGAGCGGGCGCGAACGCCGGCGCCAACGGCGGCGGAUUCGGGGGCUUCGGCGGCGGAGCGAACGCCAACAGCGAAGCCUUCGGCCCCUUCGGAUUCUUCGGACUUCGGCAGCGAGCCCAGCAGACGAUUCGCUCGCACCGCUGGUCGCAGCGUCCGCAGAACGGCUCUUCGCCCAGGAGCUCCUCCUCCUCCUCCUCCGUCGACGGGGGAUUCGAGCUUGUGUUCUUCAACCACUCGACCCACUCGACGGCUCGGCUGGAGGACCUGGGAGGGUUGGAAGACCUGGAAGACCAGCACUCGGCAAUGCCAAACACCUCGGUGGAGGCCUUCGCACCCUUCGACCGCUCCCAGCGGCAGGGACGCACCUUCGGCGUGAUCUACGACUGGAUCAGCGGACUCUUCAACUCCUGCGUCUCGCCCUGCACCCUGGAGGCCUUCCAGAAGCAGACCUGCUGCGAGACCUACGUGGUGGAUCCCUCCAUCCCGCCUCCCCCUCCCCCUCCGCCACCUUCCGCCUGCUGUUCGCCAGCGAGGCCCUCCUACGCUCCUCCCCCUCCCCCUCCUCCGCCUCCCGCCUACCCCUACCCCUACCCCAACCCGAGUCCCUACUACCCACCCCGCUACCCGCCGAACAGGAAGACGCCCGUGGUGGUGGUGGCCACGCCCAUCAACUGCUGCACCGUCUGCACCUUCACCUACUACGGACCGCCUCCGUGUGGGCGGAACUACGACAACAGCAGCGGCGACGGCAAGAAGGUCACCAUCUACGUGCCGCCGCCCUACUACGGUCGCUGA